CUGUUACGUCUUUUACAAAACAACUCAAGCGUUUAAUGACAAUUGAAUCAAAACAUUCGAGAUAAUUCUUCCCUUUUAGCUCCUUUUGUCUUUUGCAAUAAGUUUAGUAUUUUCUUGAGUGAUAUUUUACCGGACGAGUUAGGAGUAACACAUAAUUAUUGCAUGUGUGGGCACUAAAAUUUUGACCAAUAAGAAUGAGGCUAUUCAGAUCAAAAUUUGACAUUCUCAUCCUGUGGCAAGAGCGAAACAUAGUUUAAUGACCGAAAACAAAGCAACUGACAAAGCACAAUUGGACAGCUAUUGUUAGCUCACAAUAUCAUCUUAUUUUUGAACACUUUGAAGAGUCACGAUGAAACGAAAGUGACUUGUCGGUGAUGUAGGAUCGUUAAGUCGCCGCCGUUAUCACUGAUGUUUCGUUUUAGCAAGAUGUCACCGAAACAUGGCUCAGCAAAUUCCGUCCAACUCACAUCUUUUAACCACAUAAACGGAGAUUCUUCGACCAGUUCGCAAGACAAUCCAAGCAGUGGAGUGCAGCAGAUUCGCACAGCGAUUCAGGGCUCUUCCAAGGCGCAAAUCCUUGGACCAACAGGAACUGUACGCGGAUACAAGAAUAUAAUCAGAGAACGGAAGGAAGUUUUGAGACUUAGCUUUGUUGGAGAAACUUCAGAGGAAAACGAAGAAGGCAAGAUCGUUGUUUACACUACUUCAAUGGGAGGAAUUCGAUCAAAAGUGGGAGAGUGUGCGUACAUCAGGAAAUUAUUUGACAAUCUGGGACUUAAAGUGGACGAGCGAGAUAUAUUUAUGCACAGAGACUAUCAAAGCCAACUUGACAUGCGACUGGCAAGCCAAAACGCCUCCGUUCCUCAUGUAUUUGUAAAUGGCGUUUCUCUAGGGGGUGUUAAAGAACUGGAGCAUUUAAAUGAAACUGGAGAACUCAAAAUUUUACUUGAAAACUUUGAGAGGCGGACUAGUGGCGUAUGCCCAGGCUGUGGUGGUUUCCGCUACAUUAAUUGUACGCAGUGUCAUGGAAGUAAGAGAUCACGAAAAACAAGAAUUUCAAGGGAGAUAAAUGUUUUACGAUGUAUUGCGUGCAAUGAGAACGGCUUGCAGCUCUGCCCAGAGUGUUCGAAAUAACCAAACAGGAUCUGCUGUUAUAAGCAAGAAUGACAAACAACAGGGUAACACGGGCCAGAAUCUCGAAACUAUAAAGACGGAGAAAGAAAACGGGUGUACUUCGUCUGAGUUCCAGCCGUGCGGAGUCAUCUAAAUCAAUGCUUAUAAUUAUAUUAUAAUUAUGCCGGCUGGUUCGACUUUGGAUGAAUGAAUGAAAACUUAUGGUAGACUGGCGGCUUCCUACUCUGUAAACAAAAUGACUAUUAGCAUUAUUAAAACUACUCGACCCUAGAACGCCGGCCAUGAACACCUGAAGCGGUCCCAAAACUGGACGUUUCAAAAUAUGUAGGGUGCGGGUUAUUGAUUAAAACCCAACAACUUUGGUGGAAAUAGAAUAAUCAAGACAGAUGUGAAAUAAACUUUUUCGAAAUGUUUUGCCAAGUUUAAACUAGAAAGACUAAUUAAACUGAAAGUGGAUUUGUCUUUUCACUUUUGGCCGGAGUCUGCCCUCUUUCGUACCCGGAACCCAUGUAACUGAUCCUGCGGGUUUGUACGGAAGAAUGUUGACCGAAAUUACGUGUACACUAAAGAAAUAAACCUCACACAUUACUAAGACUGAAUGUUACUUUAUCUUUCUGUGUUCUUUAAUAUUAGCACCUGGUAAUGAACUUAUAAUCCAACUAUUAGUAUACAGCUUAAAUUUAAAAUUUUUAAAAAUAGUACUUUGACAUCAACAAAAAUAAUUUUGAUAAGAUUUCCUCUCUAAAUUUUUGGACUAGGUUAACCUACUAGAAGAUCUCUGUUUAUGUUCUGUCAAAACAGACUCGAAAGUAGCUAGGUUCUAUCGCCAUCAAACAUAGUGAUCGCAAGUUGACAAAACAACUAGAAACUUGCUUCUAUCUAUGACUACGUUUAGCCAGAGAUUUCCACUGAAGGCUCUGCCCCUUAAAUAAAAUAACAUAGGUUUAAAAGCACAUUAAAACAUCACUGCGCAAAAAUAAAACUGAAUAAAGUAAAAUCAUGUAAGACUUCUAAGAAAAUAUAUAUCCCGUGAAACAAGUGACGUAGAAGCUAAGUAUCGCCGAGUACACAUUAAUAAAAUCAGAAAGAACAAAAUUGCCUAAAGGGAACUGCCCGUCAAUUAAACUGCUAUGUUUACUAUUGUGGUUUCCAUAACACUGAAACAGGCUCAAUUAUAAGCUCCAGCUAUCUAUAACGUGGUCAUUCACGAGAGGCAAAACCCAGAGCCACAGGUCUAUCAAAGUCAAUAGCUAUCGAGACCGAGUGGUCUAACUGUUUUACCCGCACAACCAAUGACUGAGUGAGAUAUUGACGGUUUUGUUCAAAUGGAAAACCUUGUUGGAACCUUCUACUGAUCGAUAUAUGACAGCUGCGUAACCAAUCAGAUUACGAGUUUGUUCGCAAUAUUAAGCCACUGGGUUAUGCUAGGUUUAGACAAUUCAUUAUGUCGAAUAUCAUAUACACGAGUCGAAAGCAUAUCCCGCCAUAAUAAUCUACAACAAUAAUACAUCUAAAGAGAAAUUUCUAACCUAAACUAUUCAUGUUUUGUUGCACCAGGGCCCUAUAUUAAUAGUAUAACAUUUGAGAGUUAUGUACUCUACUAUGUGGACCCAUACCGCAUGCGUGUUACCGCGUAGUGGAAGGUCUGUAGAGACUCUUGGAUUACUCUCGGAGCCAGUAAAACGUAGUGGCGCUUUUAGCCUACUUCGUUGCAAACUUGCAAUCUAGCUACAAAGACACACUGAUGGCCUGUCCAUGAGGUUUACAGUACACCUUACUCUCAGUUAUAACAAAGUUACCAACUGUUAAGAGCCGAUUGCACACAGAGCAUUUGACGCACUGUCUGUGAAGUACACUGCUGUCAAAGUUACACUUCUCCAUUUGGUAGACUGUUCUACCACACACCACGCACUUAUCUGAUGAUACACUUUUCCCGGUGGAAGAUACCUGACUUAGCGCUUUGUCUUUAUUCGUUUCUUCUUCACUCAGAGAUUUUCGAAA